AUGUCUGCCGAGAAAUAUAACCACAUACGACCAGAAAUGACUACCGAGAAUAUUCUUAUCAUCAAAGACGGAAGGCAUCCGCUGGAAGAGUUACUUAUGGGUACUUUCAUUCAAAAUGAUACAUAUUUAGGAUGCUCAAAGUCGAGUACACACUCAGUACAGUCAAGCUACUGGUCAACUGAAAAGCAAGCGGUACAUGAUAAUGGGAUAAAUGAAAACUAUGUUUUGCUUCUUAGCGCACCUAAUCAGUCCGGAAAAAGCGUAUAUCUCAAGCAGGUCGCAUUGAUCGUAUAUUUGGCGCACAUUGGAAGCUUUGUUCCAGCAAGCAAUGCACGGAUAGGGCUUACUGACAUGAUUGUGACAAGAAUGCAAACUUUGGAAACUGCUUCAAAGGCUAAAAGCGCAUUUCAAAUUGAUUUGCAAGAGAUCUUGUUCUCUCUCCAGUACGCAACAUCUAGAAGUCUGAUAUUGUUGGAUGAGUUUGGAAAGGGAACAGGAUCCUGUGACGGAGCGGCACUACUAUGCGCAGUACUCGAGUAUUUCAUAAAUAAGCAAGAUGGGUGUCCAAAAAUCAUAGCUGCAACUCAUUUUCAUGAACUUAUUGAAAGCGAGCUUUUAACACCAUCCGUCCCAAUUUCCUAUUGUACAAUGGAUAUGAUUUGUGAAGAGAAGUUUUUAGAUCAUUGUAGGAAUGCUGACGAGAUCGAGAAUUGGGCACCAACCUUUCUAUACCGAGUUAUACCGGGGCGUCGUCAUAAUGGACGAUCUCUUGCCAUAUGGUGUGCCAAAAAUGCUUUGGUUCCACAAAGGACUCUUACUCGAGCUGCAGAAAUACUGAGCGUCUUUCUCAAGCAAGGAUUCUUACCGCAGGAAAUGACGGCUUUCAAAAAACGAGAAAUCAAGUAUUGCGAGAAUACAGUUCGGACCUUGGUGACUACCAAUACGCGGGACACCAGCGCCGAAGUGUUGCGCCAGUUCAUUCAGUCGCUGAAUUAG